AUGCCCACGGAGUUGGAAGAGUUGGUGGAGUUCCUACACUCUCCCCAGCCGGCAGUGGUGCAAAUAGCGUUGAGUAACCUAGUCGGCUACUCUGGUGGACCGCAGCAGCAAGUGUUCAGUUACAACAACUAUGAGGCCAUCAAGGACCUCAAGCACCUCACAAAGUCCGAGAGCAAGACCAUGGUGGAGCACUCCACCACGAUCCUCGCCAACUUGUGCGAGGAUCUAGUGAUGCGCAGCCUCAUCGUUGAAGAUUUGCCGUAUUUGCAGUUCCUAGUCGGCAAAAUCGCCAAUUUGAAAAACUCCAAUGCUGAUUUGAUGUGCAUCUUAUUGACCAAUUUGGCCAAGGACGACCACAUCAACAAGAUCUUGGAGUUUGAAAUUCCCUUGAAUGAAGAAACGAGAAAAGUUUUCACUUCCACCAAGGCCAUCGAUUGUUUAAUGGACUGUUUCGUCAAGGGCAACGACCGAAAACUAAACGCCUACGCCAACUACGACUAUCUUGCCUACUUCUUUGCCGACUUGUCCCGUUUUCAACAGGGGAGACACUACUUCAUAACGGAGCAAGCAUACGAUGCCGUGGUGCCCAUCUCGAAAUUGCUCGUGUUCACCGAGAAAUACGAGGACAAGAUCAGAAGGGAAGGUGUUGCGUCCACUAUCAAGAACUCGCUUUUCGACACUAAUGCCCACAUGAAGUUGCUAACUGACCCCAAGAUCAACAUCUUGCCCUUUAUAUUGUUGCCCUUGGCCGGUCCCGAGGAAAUCGACGAGGACGAAAUGUUUGACUUGCCCGAGGAAUUGCAGUUGUUGCCGCCCGAUAAACAACGAGAGCCACUAAGUGGCAUCCAGUGCAUCCAUUUGGAGUCCUUGCUUCUACUAUGCACCACGAGGCCUGCUCGCGAGUAUCUUCGAGAGAAACAAGUAUACUGUAUCAUUAGAGAGUUGCAUAAGGUCACCCAGGUGGAUGAAGUUGCGGAACUUUGCGAUAGAAUAGUGCAAAUGCUAAAAAGAGACGAGGCACCGGAACCUGCUGAGAUAGAAGCUAUAGAGAGUGACGACGAUGACGAUGAUAAAAUUGUUGAGAUUGUAUAA